GGUACGUUUAGGUAUAUUCAGCAUUACUGGAACAUACUAUGGCUUUUUCUUUACACCAAAUUUAGAUUUUUACGUCUUUUGACUCCAAUUUAAUCGUCCGAAGAACAUCAAUAAAUGACCAAAAGGCCUAGUAUCUUUGUGAAAUCUAAAUAAAUGAAAGUGCAUAAAGCGUCUCUUUAAAUUGAUAUUCAACACCGAACAUACUCUAGUCGUCCAUUGUGCGCCAGAAGGUCCUUUUCACCUCCGUAGCUAGUCUGGUGACACACCUGAUUAUAAUAAUAUAUCUCAUCGAAAUAACUUUAUUUAACCGUGACACAAGGAAAUCAAAAUCCAAAGCUGCAUAUAAAUUUGGUAAUUCAAUGUAAAUGACAGUAUUUACGGAACAAUAAUUUGCCUCGAGAGUACUGCGUGAUUGGCAUUAAAUACGACCAAUGAAAUUCAUUCACAUGUUAAUUAUUCGACAGCAAGGUCCAGUAUUCUGACCAAUCGUUGAACAGGGUUUUGACACGUGAAGAAUUCGCGGCAAAAAAGAUUUGGCGCGCAAACCCCAAGCCCUGUUCAGAUCAGCUGGGACAAUAAUAACAACAGACUUUUAUUGGAGAAGGAAGCUUGUCUGGUUGAAGACUACUGCACAAAUAGGAUUGUUUCUUGGUGUUUCUGGAGUUGCAUUUUGGAUAUCAUAAACAACAAGUUUUGAAAAACGUUUUAAAUUCAGUUGUUUGUUUUUUUUUGUGUUCUUCCUGGAUGUGUUUCCGAAAGUUUGCGGGGGAGAAUAGUGAACACUUUGAUGACAUUUUUCGGAGUUUGACAAUUAGGUCGCCAGGCCCAGUCUACAAAUACGGUAUGAAGGUGUCGAAUAUAUAUUAAUUACUGGUUCCACACUGCAAUUUUGUUUGAGUGGGUGAAACUAUACUAUUGGGGACAUAAUUUAAAUUAUCUCUGCUACGAAGUUAAACCAUGUACUUGUUAGAUCGUAUGUUUUCAUGCAUUCUAAACUGAAAAUACAUCGCCGAACAAAGGAAAACUCUGCAACAAAAGUUUUACCAAAACUAAACUUUUUUUGAAGAAUAUAAAAUACAACCUCAUCGAAUAAGGAACGAACGGAGCGUUUUAAAACUGAAAAACGUCAGAUUGUUUGUUGGUCGUAGUAAAGUAAUUGCCCAGUAACUGUAAAUUGUUAAAUCGUUAUAAUUCAUAUUUGUAUUUUAUUACAUCACGUCUAUCCGUUUUAUAUCAGCUUUGAGGAAAAUGCAGCUAUAUUUAACGCUGGCGUUAGCUUCGGGCUAAUUGGGACUUAAUAUCUACGUUUUGUGGGAAUCGGCUCAGUGCUUUGUUUUACAAAUAUCAAUUCAAUCUUCACAGCUUGUUGCCGCUAGGGAUUUUGAGACUGUUGUGCGUAGUUUUAAAUAUGGCAAACAGGCCAGUUUUUAAUACGUAUUUGUCUCAAGAGUUUUUCGCUGUAUUGGUAAAACAAGCAGGAGCCUUCACUCAUUGCUAAGACACUUAAGGUUUAACUUUGCGCCAAAAGUAAAGUGACUGGAGCGGGCAGAAGCGGCCUGCCAUGUCAGAGACGCUGAUCACGGGUCAGACCUCGGAGGAUCUCUUGGCCGACUUCGAGUCUCUCCUGAGCUCUGGAAGUAUUAACCUAACCGAGGAUCACCAGAUUGUCAUCAUCUCCACUCCGAACAAUGUGGACAUUCACACAGCAGCUUCUAGCAGAACUGCGGAGAUACUUCUGUUCGCCACCCCGCAGGCGCCCCCGCCCGUGGAGGACGAGCGCAGACCGGCACUGGGGCGACCUCCGGUGAAAAGGAAACUUGAUCUGGACAGUGACCACCAGUAUGUGAGCAGUUCCCGUCCCACGCCAGUAAGUGGCGUGCCAGCAUCUACACCUGCACCACCGAGAGUUUCCAAGUCCUCAUCGGAGAAGUCCCGUUAUGACACGUCCCUGAACCUCACCACAAAACGCUUUCUAGACCUUCUGUCAAAGUCUUCUGAUGGCGUGGUGGAUCUCAACUGGGCCUCACAGGUUCUUGAGGUGCAGAAGCGACGGAUAUAUGACAUCACAAAUGUCCUGGAGGGUAUACAGCUUAUCUCCAAGAAGUCAAAAAACAAUAUCCAGUGGCUGGGCACCCGUUUGGACAGUGGGUUUGCAACCCAGCUGCGCAGUCUCCAGAAGGAGGUGUCGAGUCUGGGGGAGGCAGAGGAAGAACUGGAUGAACUCAUAGCUAAAUGCAACCUGCAGCUGAGGUUGCUUACAGAGGACCCCCAGAACAAAAAGCUUGCAUAUGUGAUGUGCCAGGACUUGCGGAGUACAGUGGAUCCCCCCGACCAAAUAGUCAUGGUGGUUCGUGCCCCGCCAGAGACACAGAUGCAGGUGUCUGACCCAUCGGAGGGUUACCAGAUCUCUUUGAAAAGCUUGCGUGGACCAAUCGACGUCUUCUUGUGUCCUGAGGACAGCUCAGAACCUUGUUGUCCCGUGGACUGUAGCCCAACCAAAUCGGUCACAGAGGUGCCAUCCCAAUCUGCAUCAGGUACCCAGCACCUACCCCACGGAGGUCUUCCCCAAAAAGGGACGGCACCAUCCCAUCAGAGCUGUUCUCCACUGCAGCUUGCCAGUGAAACUGAUGCUCUCCUAGUGGAAGACUCGUUCUCCUGUCUGGGUGAGAUGUCUGAAUUUGGCCUUCUUCCUGACUAUUCAUUGGAUGGGAAUUCUGAGGACUUCUCCUCCCUGGCACUGGACAGCUUCAUCAACUUGUCGCCCCCACAGGCGCACGACUAUCACUUUGGGAUGGAGGAUGGCGAGGGUAUAAGUGAACUCUUUGACUGUGACUUUGGGGAGCUGGCGCCCCUUGACUUCUGAGGAUUAGCCAGCUGAGGGGUGGUACCAGGAAGAAGCUAUGGGAUACCCGGUAGUUAGGUUGUCGAAUGGUUUGGUAUAAAGUGCAUUGUUUUGGGUGGCUGCUUAAUUAAUUUAUUUGUAUUUUAAAGUAUUCUAUUUUUUUGUUAAAGACUAGUGUGUGUCUUUGUGUGUGUUUGUAAAUGUGCUUUUGUGUACAGUAAAGGAAUAGGAUAAUAGCAUGUUGGUCAUUAACUAGAAAAAAUGAGGUAGAAAAGCACUUGUUUCAGUAAAAUUAUCUAAGUAAGUGAUCUUGGAGGGCUUUGUGCCAUAAUCUCAGGAAGUGUGGGGGUCAGUGAGAGCAACAAUGUGUAUUUAUUAAGUUUAGUAGUUGAUUGGGUUUAAAAAGGUAUCGUAGAGAUGUAAGUGUAAACAAUGUGAUCUGAAUUGAAAUGUUUCUCAUAUUUAAGCAAACAGUCCUUUGACUUUCUUCUUAAGGUAAGGGUGGUUUACGUAUCAUUUGUCAAAAAAAGCACAAUUGCUGUAUUGCGAGGUCAGAUAUUGCAUGUGUGCACAGAUGUAUCGAUUUAUGAACAUUUUGCAAUAUUUAGUAGCCAAACUGCCAGGCAAAUGGGCAAAUGAAAGUUAGUUUUUGCAUAGGUUUUGUUUUUAUUUCAUAAACCUGUAUCAGCAAAUGCAGAAUUUUAAGACCUUCCCCGCUCACAUUUAUACAUCUGUGCUUUAGGCAGUUCAUAUAGUAAUCAGUAUGUGAAGAAACUGUUCUGUUUUAUGGGGUCUUCCCAGCUCAUGCGAAUGUGAGACUUUCACUUGUGGUUGUGCAGCAGUUUGUUCCCAGCAACACAGAGUAAGAAUAAAAUUCCAGGCUUGUUUUUUGCUACAAUAUAGCAUUCUUCAUUAAACCUGUAACUUCAGUGUGACUGUGUGUGUGUAUAAAUAGGUUAGUCAGUUGGCCUCGGCUUCUUUCUUUUACUUGGAGCAAUAAUUUACGUAAAGCUUCACAUUUUCACAUACCUGACUUGGUUUUAUUUAAAAAUGCGUGUUAUGCAUUAUCUGGUCAGUAUAAAUAUGCUGAAGAAAUAUAUGAUGUGUGUUAUGUCACUUCAAAUGGAAAAAUGCAUCGCCCAUCCCUACAUUAGUAACUUUCAGUCUACAGUCAUUUUAUUGGUUAAUAUUAACGUGGUACAUUUAAUGUAUCUUCUGCUCCCUGUACAUUAUAUUACAGUUUGAAACUGACAUAAAGGCAGCAGAAAUUCUCUGUGUUAAUAUUGUUUUAACAAGAAAUGCCAUUAACAACACUGAUGGCUUAAGUUCUUUGUUUUCCUAUGCUGUGCUUUGUUUUCCUAUGCUAUUCUUUUAAACCGCAUUCCUAAAUUCCUUAUUCCACUUUUACUCUAAGCUCUUAAUUUUUAUAUAUUGAAUGAUCUGAUCGUGAUUUGAUUGCCCAUUUUAAUUUAUUGGUCUGUGUACAGUCAUUGGUAUGUACAGUACACUGUCUCUACAUUGAGGAUGUUAUUGUCAUAUUUGGAGUAUAUUGUACAGCGAACUUGGCCUGUACAAUAAUGAUGAAAUAGUUUACUGAGUUUACUGAAUAGUUGGUCUGAUUGUAGUUCCUGUACAACAAGAUUACAGUGUUCCACUUUCAUUUUCUUUCCAAAUUGUCACUAAUAAAUUUUUUUAUUUUCUAUUAAAAAAAAAUUAUGAAUCCCACUCCGAAACAUGUCUUACUUAGCUGCCAAGGGUGUGCUGUGUAAAUAUUUUAUGAUUGAGCUGGGCUUCCAUAGUGGUUCUCAACUUGUAUUUCAAGCCUCCUCAGCCAGUGAUCUUUUUGUUCUUCACCAGCUACAGCUGCCACACCUGUCUUAAUAUUAAGCCGUUCAUUGGCUGGGUCAAAGUUGCAUAUGUGGACUGGCUGUGGAGUGUGAGGACAUAGCUGAAAGCCACUGGGAUACUGUGAAGGGAAAAGGUCAUUACACCUUGGGCAAAUGGCAUGGGUGUGGUUUUCUGCUCCAGUCUUCAUAAUAAAACGGCCAUUUUGUAAGUA